AUGGCUCUAGCCUGGGCCCAUGUCAGCUUCACAGAGGAGUUGCAGUGCCCCAUCUGCCUGGAGGUGUUUACCGACCCGGUCAUCCUGCCCUGCGGCCACAACUUCUGCCGGCGGUGCGUGCAGGAGUGCUGGCAGCGCCAGGUGCCGGGGCGGUGGUGGUGCCCGGAGUGCCGGGAGGCGAUGGGUCAGGAAGGCCCGCUGCGGCCCAACCAGGUGGUGCAGGAGAUGAGCGAGGAGGCCCGCUCGCUGGCCGGCCUGUACUGCCAGCAGCACGGCCUCCGCUACAAGCUCUUCUGUGACACUGACCUGCAGCUGAUCUGUGUGAGCUGUCGGGACAGUCCCAAACACCAACAGCACCAGGCCAGCCCUGUCCAGGAGGCCGCCCAGUUCUACAAGGAGAAGCUGCAGGAGGUGAUCACUUCCCUUCAGGACCAAGCCAGCGCCUUUACCGCCUUCCUCAGCGUCGAGGAAGACAAGAUCUCCACCGUCAAGAAGAAUGCGGAGUCGCUGCGGGUACACGUCAGGGAGCAGUUUGAGCAAAUGCACAGCUUCCUCCGCGAGAGAGAAGCCGGUUUGACCCAGGAGCUGGCUGAGCACGAGGCCUCCGUUCUGAGGCUGAUCCGGGAGAACCUGCAGACUGUCCAGCUGGGGCUGUCGUCGCUGAGCGCUCGGUUAGCCGAGCUCACCAAGCACCAGGCCCAGGGCGACGACGUCGAGUUCCUGAAGAUGGACGUUCCUGUCCUGACCAAUCAGUGUCCCUGCAGGCCCCACGAUAUCGCCCUGCCAGCUGAAGCAUCCACAGACCUGCCUCUGGGAAUAUUCAAAGGGCCUUUGCAGUACAAAGUGUGGAAAGAGAUGAAGGAUUUCAUCACCCCAGUCCCCGAGGCUCUGACGCUGGACCGGGGCUCGGCCCACCAGCGCCUCCUGGUGUCCGAGGACCUGACCCACGUCCGGCUGACCGACAGCAACCAGCAGCCGCAGGGGCCGGAGCGCUUCGGGCCCUGCGUCAACAUCCUGGCGGCGCAGGGCUUCCAGUCGGGCAGGCACUACUGGGAGGUGGAGGUGGGCACCAAGACGGCCUGGGACCUGGGGGUGGCCCGUGAGACGGUGCGCAGGAAAGGCCGCAUCACCCUGUCACCGGUGGACGGCUACUGGACGCUGUGGCUGCGGGAUGGCGACCAGUACAAGGCCCUGGACUGGCCGGCCGUGCCACUGGCCCCCAGCGCCCGGCCCAGGAAGGUGGGCGUCUACCUGGACUUCGAGGGCGGCCAGGUCUCCUUCUACAACGCCGACGACAUGACCCACCUGUACACCUUCAGGGACACCUUCAGCGAGCGCCUCUUCCCCUACUUCAGCCCCUACCUGACCAGCUGUCCCGGCAACGCGGAGGGCAUUCGGCUGUGCACGCCAAAGCUGUAA